GCGCCGAGCCGAGCCUCGAGGAGCCGGGUCGGUCGGUGGGUGCAGGGAGACGGAGCCCGAACUGAAGCGGAGCCCGAGGCCGAGUGCCCCCCCCCCCCCUCCGCCGCCGCCGCCAGCGCUCUCACCAUGAGCGACAUCAACGUGAAGAAGCUGAAGGUGCCCGAGCUCAAGGAUGAGCUGAAGCGGCGCGGCCUGAGCGUGCAGGGCCUGAAAGCCGAGCUCCAGGAGCGGCUGCAGGCCGCACUCGACGCCGAGGCCGAGGAGGAGAUGAUGGAGGAGGAGGAGGAGGAGGACGGGGCGCCGGGGCCGCUGGAGACCCCCGAGAACGGCGAGGAGGAGCUGGAAGACGAGGAGACGGCCGGCGCCGAGGAGGAGGAGGACGAGGAGGAGGAGCCGCCGCCACCGCCGCCGUUGGCGGGAGGAGACAAAGCCCAGGCCCGGGGCCCGGGACUCAACGGCGCUGCCCUGGCCGCGAGGCUGGAACCGUCCGCGGCCGCACUCGGCCAAGCCCCGCUGCCGGAGGCGGAGGAGGAGGGAGAGGAGUCUCAAGGAGAGGCCGAAGUCCUGGCCGGAGCCGGGGGAGGGGGAGGGGGAAUGGACGGCGGCGAGGACGAGGAGGAGGAGGUCGAGAGCAAAACAGGCGAGAGCGGCCUGGGCGACGAGGAGGAGGAGGAGGAGGAGAACGGCAUGGCGGAGGCGGCGGUGCCGGAGCAGGCCCAGGCCCCGGCCCAGGCCCAGCAAAGAGCGGGAGAAGAGGAAACAAUGGAGCUGGGGGGCGGCGAGGCGCGGGCUGGCGGCAAACAGGAGCCUGAGGCCGCCUCGGGCCCAGCUGCCGCCCCUCAGCUCCCCGGCAAAGGAAAAGAUAGCCAGGCUGAACAGACAACUGAUAAAGGUAAAGAGCAAAAUCGCAAAGGUGUAAAGAGACCUCAUGAAGACCAUGGACGUGGCUACUACGAAUAUAUUGAAGAAAACAAAUAUAGACGGUCCAAGUCUCCCCAGCCCCCUGUGGAAGAAGAUGAGGAAGAAUUUGAUGAUACUGUAGUUGCCCUGGAUACAUACAACUGCGAUUUGCACUUUAAGAUCAAUAGAGAUCGGUUUGGCGCCAUGCCACUGACUAUGGAAGGAUUUGCCUAUCUUUGGGCUGGAGGGAGAGCUUCUUAUGGAGUUAGCAAAGGCAAAAUCUGCUUUGAGAUGAAGGUAACUGAGAAAAUACCAGUGAAGCAUUUGCCGCCUGAUCAGACUGACCCACAUGAAGUGAGGGUUGGCUGGUCGCUGGCUUCCCACAGCAUGUUACUUGGUGAAGAAGAACUUUCUGUCGGCUACUCCGGAAAUGGCACAAAAUGUUCAAAUUGCAAAUCUGAAGAUUAUGGUGAAAAGUUUGGAGAAAAUGAUGUGAUUGGCUGCUUUCUUAACUUUGAUGCUGAUGAAGUGGAAGUCUCUUAUUCCAAAAACGGUCAGGAUCUGGGUGUUGCAUUUAAGAUUGGGAAAGAUCAUCUCACUGACAAAGCCUUAUUUCCGCAUGUUCUAUGCCACAAUUGUGCAGUGGAACUUAACUUUGGACAGAUGGAGACUCCCUACUUUCCGAUUCCAGAAGGCUUCACCUUCAUCCAGCAGGUUCCAUUGGAGGAGCGUGUUCGAGGGCCAAGGGGACCCAAAACCAAAGGAGAAUGUGAGGUUUUGAUGAUGGUUGGCCUGCCUGGAACUGGCAAAUCAGUGUGGGUUUCAAAGCAUGCAGCAGAGUACCCAGGCAAAUAUAACAUUCUGGGGACAAACAACAUCAUGGAUAUAAUGAAGGUUUUGAGCUUCAAGCGUCAGAAGACUGACAGAGGUAAACUAACUACGUUGAUUCAGCAAGCCACACAGUGUUUGAGCAAGUUUAUUGAGAUCGCAGCUCGCAAGAAGCGCAACUACAUCCUCGAUCAGACAAAUGUGUGUGCAGCUGCACAAAGAAGGAAGAUGUGCCUGUUCGCAGGCUUCCAACGUAAAGCGGUUGUCAUUUGCCCAUCAGAUGAAGAAUAUAAGGAGCGUUCAAAGAAGAAAGCAGAGGAAGAGGGAAAGGAUGUCCCAGAGCAUGCUGUUCUGAAAAUGAAAGGUAUCUACACAUUGCCUGAACCAGGUGAUUUUCUGGAUGAGGUGAGCUACGCAGAGUUGCAAAAGGAGGAUGCUCAGAAAUUGCUUGAGAAAUAUAAGGAGGAAAGUAAAACCGCUCUUCCACCAGAGAAAAAGCCCAAUACCAGUUCUGGAAAGAGAGCAAUGAAUCGGGGGCGGAGUGGUCAACGAGGUGGAAUGAACCAAUACAAUAGAGGUGGCCAGAGAGGAGGGCGUGGCGGAUAUCAGAACCGUGGCAAUUACCGAGGAGGUUCAAACCGUGGACAGUAUAAUAGAAGAGGAAAUCAGCAAAGCCGUGGCUAUGCUCAUAAUCAGCGUUUCACUCCAAUGAUAGGCUACAACAGAGGUGGUUUUAUCGAAAGACCCUCUUACAGUGGAAGAGGGGGUUCUUACAACCACAGGGGCGUGGCAGACAACCACAGGGGUCCAGGCAGCAACAGAGGAGGCUAUGGACAAAAUUUCAGAGGCAGGGGAAAUCGUGGCUUCAACCAAGGCUACAGAAAUGAAAACUUCCUCCAAGGUCAGGGCUACAAACAGAACUGGAGCCGUCAACAGCAGGCACGACUGCAACAGUUCUGGAGCCAGUACAGCAAUCAGUAUAACAAAGACUACUACUAGGAUCUGCAGUGAGUGAAUGAACAAUGGUUUCACCGCAGCUGUAAUUUCAACCAAGAGAUGUCAACUUUUUUAAUCUUGAUUUUUAAACAUUCCAAAACAAAGUGCCUGCAGGUCGUAUUUGGAAGCUUUAUCAAUUAAUUGAUUUUUAAGUGUCUUUUAUUUUUUUACAUUUUAAUUGUAAUGUUUAGGUGAAAUGUGGUGAACCUCCAAUUUCUAGAGGAUUAAAACAUUUUCAGUUUCUGCAUUUUUUUCUGUAAAAUUUUAUCAAAUAAAAUCCCCCCGAACUUGUGCUUUGUGUGUCACUCGUUUAUUAAUGAACCAUCAUAGUGUUGGGUUCACGAUUCUGCUCAGUCUGAUGCACUCUUUUUUUGCCUCCAGAUGGUGCAAAUUCAGGCACUUCCAUCCCUCACAGUUCAAUGACAAUAGAAAAGUGAUCAAUUUGGGGAAAGGUUGUGGAAAAUACCUAUUUUUUGCACCAUUAACAAAUUUAAUACAUGUAUAUUUUUAUUCAUUCAUUUUAUCAAAGGAUGAUGCAGUUUACAACAAUUUACAAUAUUUCCAUACUAUUUAAUCAAUUGAAUUUAAAUUUUACGGAUCUAGAGAACAACAACAAAUGCUGACCUAGUCAGCAACACUUUCGCUCCUUUUAAAAGCUGCCAUGAUAGGGUUUGGGCGCUCACCCUGACUUUAUUAGUCCAGGCCUCUGCAUUGCUACCCUGUAACGUAAGCACUGUAAUACUGUACCUAACCCAAAUCCCAGGAAUUCAUCAAGCCUCAAAAGGGCUAAAAUUAAAGGUGUUGCCUGGAAAGAAGUAACUAUUUACUAUAAUUUUCUGACCCUGGAGGUGGUGAUUCACAAUGGCAGUGAACAUAGACAAGAGUGUGGUGCUGGAAAAGCACAGCAGGUCACCCGGCUCAUGCCCAAAACAUUGAUUCUCCUGUUCCUCGGAUGCUGCCUGACCUGCUGUUCCAGCACCAUACACCCGACUCUGGUCUCCAGCAUCUGCAGUCCUUACUUUCUUCUACUGAACAUAAAGAUAACUUAAAAGAAGUUCUGGGAUUUACAUAUUAAUGAAUUGAAAACUGCAUUCUAACAGAUGAAAGAUUUAACAAACCAGGUUUGUUCAAUAUAUCACUGUAUGACACUGUAAUCUUUUGCUAUAAAUUGUCGUAUGAUCUAAUACUCCACAACCACCUGAUGGAGCAGCGCUCCGAAAGCUAGUGCUUCCAAAUAAACCUGUUGGACUACAA